AUGAAGAGACCAGAGAUCCUAUGUAGUGGAGGAGAACCACCUCAGCCUAUAGCCAGCCACAACCUUAGCCCCAACCUUAGCCCCAGCCCCAACCUCAGCCCCAGCCCCAACCUCAACCUCAGCCCCACCCCAGCCCCAACCCCAACCUCACCCCACCCCAGCCCCAACCCCAACCUCAGCCCAAACCUCAACCCCAACCUCGCUCCCAGCCCCAACCCCAGCCCCAACCCCAACCAGCCCAGCCCCAACCUCAGCCCCAGCCUCAACCCCAGCCCAAACCUCAACCCCAACCUCCCCCAACCCCAACCUCAGCCCCACUCCAGCCCAAACCUCAACCCCAACCCCAACCUUUCUCCCAGCCCCAACCCCAACCUCAGCCUCAGCCCCAUCCCCAACCUCAGCCCCAACCCCAACCUCAGCCUCAGCCCCAGCCCCUACCCCAGACCCAACCCCAUCCCCAACCUCAGCCCCAACCCCUACCCCAGCCCCAACCUCAGCCCCAACCCCAACCUCAGCCCCACCCCACCCCAGCCCCACCCCAUCCCCAACCUCAGCCCCAGUUACAGCUCCAUCCCCAUCCCCAACCUCAGCCCCCGCCACAGGCUUUUGCCAAGUAUCCUGCAUGGACGCCCUCCCUCCCUGUCUUUCAACAGCCCUCCCGCCCUGUCCUACAACAGCCCUCCCUCCCUGUCCUUCAACAGUCCUCCCGCGCUGUUCUUCAACAGCCCUCCCUCCCUCCCUCCCUCCCUGUCCUUCAACAGCCCUCCCUACAUGUCCUUCAACAGCCCUCCCUCCCUGUCGUUCAACAGCCCUCCCUACAUAUCCUUCAACAGCCCUCCUUGUAUGUCCUUCAACAGCCCUCCCUCCCUGUCCUACAACAGCCCUCCCUCCCUGUACUUCAACAGCCCUCCCGCCCUGUCCUACAACAGCCCUCCCUCCCUGUCCUUCAACAGCCCUCCCGCCCUCCCUCCCGCCCUGUCCUACAACAGCCCUCCCGCCCUGUCCUACAACAGCCCUCCCGCCCUGUCCUACAACAGCCCUCCCGCCCUGUCCUACAACAGCCCUCCCUCCCUGCCCUUCAACAGCCCUCCCGCCCUGUCCUACAACAGCCCUCCCUCCCUGGCCUUCAACGCCCUCCCCCCUCCCUACAUGUCCUUCAACAGCCCUCCCGCCCUGUCCUACAACAGCCCUCCCGCCCUGUCCUACAACAGCCCUCCCGCCCUGUCCUACAACAGCCCUCCCUCCCUCCCUCCCUCCCUGUCCUUCAACAGCCCUCCCGCCCUGUACUUCAACAGCCCUCCCUCCCUGUCCUUCAACAGCCCUCCCGCCCUGUAUUUCAGCAGCCCUCCCUCCCUGUACUUCAACAGCCCUCCCUCCCUGUCCUUCAACAGCCCUCCCUACAUGUCCUUCAACAGCCCUCCCGCCCUGUCCUACAACAGCCCUCCCGCCCUGUCCUUCAACAGCCCUCCCGCCCUGUCCUUCAACAGCCCUCCCUCCCUGUCCUUCAACAGCCCUCCCGCCCUGUAUUUCAACAGCCCUCCCUCCCUCCCUCCCUCCCUGUCCUACAAUAUCCACGGCGACAACAGCCACGGCGACAACAGCCACGACGACACAGCCAGUUGA